GUGGGGUCCGCGCUGGGACUGAGCGGCUUUUCUCCCCCGCAGCAGGGCUGAGCUCGGCCAUGUUCAGCUGGGUGAGCCGCGACGCGCGGCGGCGCAAGGAGCCCGAGCUGUUCCGCACCGUCUCGGAGGGGCUGAAGCAGCUCUACGCCGGGAAGCUGCUGCCGCUGGAGGAGCACUACCGCUUCCACGACUUCCACUCGCCGGCGCUGGAGCCGGCCGACUGGGAGAGCAAGCCCAUGGUGCUGCUGGUGGGCCAGUAUAGCACGGGCAAGACCACCUUCAUCCGCCACCUGCUGGAGCAGGACUUCCCCGGCAUGCGCAUCGGGCCCGAGCCCACCACCGACUCCUUCAUCGCCGUCAUGGGCGGAGAGAGCGAGGGCGUCGUCCCGGGCAACGCGCUGGUGGUCGACCCCCGACGCCCCUUCCGCAAGCUCAACGCCUUCGGCAACGCCUUCCUCAACAGAUUUAUGUGCGCGCAGCUGCCAAACCCCGUCCUGGACAGCAUCAGUAUCAUAGACACGCCGGGCAUCCUAUCUGGGGAGAAACAGCGGAUAAGCAGAGGUUACGACUUUGCCGCCGUGCUGGAGUGGUUCGCAGAGCGUGUUGACCGCAUCAUCCUGCUCUUCGACGCCCACAAGCUGGACAUCUCGGACGAGUUUUCGGAGGUGAUCAAAGGUCUGAAGAACCACGAGGACAAGAUCCGGGUGGUGUUGAACAAGGCGGACCAGAUCGAGACUCAGCAGCUGAUGCGAGUCUACGGGGCGCUGAUGUGGUCGCUGGGCAAGAUCAUCAACACCCCGGAGGUGGUGCGCGUCUACAUCGGAUCCUUCUGGUCGCACCCGCUGCUCAUCCCGGACAACCGUAAACUCUUCGAGGCGGAGGAACAAGAUCUCUUCAAGGACAUCCAGUCGCUGCCCCGCAACGCUGCCCUCCGGAAGCUGAACGACCUCAUCAAGAGGGCCCGGCUGGCCAAGGUCCACGCCUACAUCAUCAGUUCUUUGAAGAAGGAGAUGCCCAACGUCUUCGGCAAGGAGAGCAAGAAGAAGGAGCUCUUGAGCAACCUGGGUGAGAUCUACCUGAAGAUCGAGCGGGAGCACCAGAUCUCACCUGGAGAUUUUCCCAGCCUCCGUAAGAUGCAGGAACAGCUCCUGACCCAGGACUUCAGCAAGUUCCAGCCGCUGAAGCAGAAGUUGCUGGACUCGGUGGAUGACAUGCUGGCCAACGACAUCGCCCGGCUGAUGGUGAUGGUGCGCCAGGAGGAGUCGCAGAUGCCCUCCCAGGUGGUGAAGGGCGGGGCAUUUGAGGGCACCAUGAACGGGCCGUUCGGCCACGGCUACGGCGAGGGUGCCGGUGAGGGCAUCGACGAUGCGGAGUGGGUGGUCAGCAAGGACAAGCCCACUUACGACGAGAUCUUCUACACCCUCUCGCCCGUCAAUGGCAAGAUCACGGGCGCCAGCGCCAAGAAGGAGAUGGUCAAAUCCAAGCUGCCCAACACCGUCCUGGGCAAGAUCUGGAAGUUGGCUGACGUGGACAAGGACGGGCUGCUGGAUGAUGAGGAGUUCGCCCUGGCCAACCAUCUCAUCAAAGUCAAGCUGGAAGGGCAUGAGUUGCCGGCCGAACUCCCUCCCCACUUGGUGCCGCCUUCCAAGCGCAGGCAUGAGUGACCCUCCCUCCCCCAACUACAGACGGACAGGUCGAGCGCAGCAAUGCGCUCUGGGUGGGAGAUGCCAGAGCGCCCACAGGCGGGGACCAAGUUCGAAUCUCCCUGCUCUGCGCGAAGCCGAGUCGCCCAGCCUUUCUCACAUGUACAAUACUGUAUGUUCUGAUAUAUAUAUAUAUAUAUAUAUAUUGAUAUAUCUACACUUGGGUAGAUAUGUCUGCAUAUAUAUGUGUGUGUGAGUUUGUCUCCUGGAAGAAAGUGUAAUACAAUGUUUUAAGGCUGUAAUCUUCUGUGGUGCUGCGGGGUGGAAAAAAUGGCUCGCUUUUUAAAUUUUAGCCAGAAUAUAAUCCUGGAUUCCUUGCGGGAUCCAGGAAAUGGGGAUAGCUGACCUCAGAUUUUUACCAUCUUCUGACAGGGCGUGUUUUUUCACAAGCCAGAUGGCCGUCCCAGGACGAGACAUGCAGGACUCUUUUUUUCUAGGGAGAAUCGGUGGUCUUUCUCCCCUUUUAUGCUUAUCCUUAUUCCUGGAACCCGUUGCCGAAGAGGAAAAUUGGGUCACCGUUGAGCACACAUCCUCACUGCCCACAAAAGUCCAUUCUCACCGCAUCUCUGCCGGAAGUCCCUCUCCUCUCCCAGUCUUACCUCUUCGCCCUUUUCUGGAGGAGGGAUUCGUGUUCUCGUUGCCAUUGCACACUUUUUUGGGGGGCCUAAAUGGUGUCUGGCGGCGAAGCAGGUUUUCUCCGGAGUAGCUGUAACAUCCUUGGGCACAAACCAGCAUCCAGUAGAAACCAAAAAAGGUUCAGCUAACAGCAGAGCAAUGUUUCCCAACUUUGGUGACGGGUGGACUUCAACUGGCUGGGGAAUUCUGGGAGUUGGGAGUCCACCCAUCUUAAUUAACCUGGUUGAAUUUGAGAAACGCUCCUGCAGACCGGGCUCUUGAGGCAAAGGCAGGAGACAUGGGAGGGGGCAGAACGUGGAAUGAGCAUUGAGGCAAAGCAGAAUGGACCCCUCCCCACCUCCCAGUUCCUUGCACCGGCUGAUCCUGUUAAUCUGUGGACCACCCCCCCUCCCCUCAAGACCCAAUUAACUAGCCCUGGAAUGGAUUUGCAAGAGAGUACGGAGCCUCGAAGGGGACACAA